UACCAUAACGCGCUAGUGCUUUUUCCCGAGAUGCUGAGAUAAAUAGAAAUUAACUCCGGAAAAGCGAUUUUCUUUUGUUUACCACCACCAUGGCCACCUACUCCAACCAGCACUGGCUGCUCUCCCACAUCCGCAACUCCUUCAUCUCCACGGACGACUCGGGCAUGUGCGAGACGGUGAUGCUGAGCGACGACAUGCCCAAGCACUAUUUGCGCAAAUUCGGGAAUCCAGGAGCUGGAGAUCACUAUCAUCACUUCAGGCGCUCCCAGAAGCCACCGCCCACGGGGGGAGGAGGAGGAGGGGGAGGGGGCGGGACCACCCCCGAGCGGAACACCCGCCAUCCGGAUGCGCCGCUCCAGGAGGUGGACUUCAUCUGCUACCCGGGACUGGACCUCAGCGACGACGAGGAGGACAUGUCGACGCACUCCUUCGACAUCCAGAUGUAUCCCGAGGUGGGCGCCCAUCGCUUUCGCUCCAACACUGCCCAGAAGCUGGAGAAGCUGGACAUUGCCAAGCGGCGGGCGGCGCGCAUCAAGAGUAUCAACUACCAGGAGGAAGUGCAGCCGCCGGACAGCGAGGAUUUCUUCAGGCGCAAGGAGGUGCCGAGGAGCAACGAGGUUCUUAGCCAACUCACCGAGCAGCUGGCCAAGAGCCCCAAGCAAACGCAGAAUCGCUUCGUUGAGUUCGCCCGCUUCGAUGGCACCUCCCAGGUGGGCAUGCAAACGAAACGGAUUAAUGUGUAUUUGAAUAUGCUUCCCGAACCGGAUCGCAACUAUCCGCUGAAGAUCUGCGUUCUAGCCUCGGCCAAAAUCCAGGAGGUCAUCGGCUAUGUCUGCUACAAGACCUCCUUGCAGUAUCCCGAGGUUCCUCUGAAAUCCCUGCAGCACUACGCCUUGUAUAUGACGGAGGAUAACGAUGAUAUGGAGGACUUUCCGCCGCUGGACAACCGCGAACCCUGCUCCAAGUUUGGCUUCUCCCAUUUGACGCUAGCUGAACGACGGCCCUUGGCGCCGGUGACCCGCGUGGACUAUCACAACCAGCUGGGCACCAAAUCCAUGACUUCCGAGGAGGACAAGGCAGCCGUGGCCGAGGCGGCUGUGAAGGCGCUGCAAAGUAUAAAUCUAAAUGGAGGGACCAGCGAUCCAGGAGGAGGAGGAGACAGUCCGCAUGACAAUGUAACCGAGUACGAGAAGCGCCUGCUGAACCACAAUGACAUGCUGGAGGCCCCGAUGCACCGCACUUUCCGCCUGAACAUCAUCGACAAGCGGUUCUUCAAGUCCGACGUGACUUUGGGCAUUUCCGGCGAGCGAAUAGAGAUCGAUCAGUACAAGAAUGCCAAGUUCUGGCCGCAAAAGAAGCCCGUCUCCACGCCCAUUGACUUUGUAGCCCACUGCGAAAUUGUGGAGCGACGCCAGCUGAAGGCCCUGCUGCGCAUCUGGCUGAAAUCCAACUCCUCGUCGCCUUCCUUCUCCGCCGGCUGCACGUCGGCGCAGAUUAAUGCCAGCGUGACCACGCUGAAUAUGGGAAGCGCCGGCGCGGGCAUCGCCCACUCCCCCAACAGUCCGGGUCACUCUUCCGGCCUCUUCGCGAGCAGCAAUAUUCGUUUCAAGCACUACGACUUCGACACGGACACCCACACGGCAGAGCAGAUCCACAGCAAGCUGAACUGCAUUUUAGAGAUGCGAUCCAGCGAUUUGAGGCGCGAGUUCCUGCUGCAACGCGAGCGAAAAAUGGAGAAGCGGCAGCUUAAGUUGUAGUAUUUAUUCCUAUGGCGGCGGCUGCUGCUGCUCGUGUGCCAAGCAGGCGGGCUGCUACUGCCACUGCCGCUGCCACGCCCCCUCCUACGCCUACGCCUUCGCCGCCUACUGUUCGAUAAGUUGUAUUAGUUGCUAACUAAAGAUUGUGUUACACAUGUUUGCCUAGCCUGUAAGUAUUUAUUGAACUCACCCAACUACGAAGCCUGGUCCUGAAAAUAAAAGUGCAGAAAACUCUAAGUUUA